AGGGCGGCGAAGUCUCGCGAGAGGGGCGGGCGGGGGCCGCUGGCUGCGGGCAGCGCGGAGCGGCGGCGACGGAGCAGCCGGAGCCCGGGCGGUGCUGAGGGGAGGCGGCAGGCAGGCAGGCAGCUAUCCCGGCGCGGCGCGGCCCGGCCGAGGGACCCGCUCCGCCGCAGCAGGCACGGCCGGCGCCGCCCGCCCUCCCGCACGCCGUGCCCCCGCGGCGCGGCCUGGCCGCGGCUCGGCGAUCGGGGCCCAGGCGGCGGCGGCCGUGGUGGUGGCGGCGGCGGCGGCGGCUGGGCGCUCCGCCGCGCCUGCCCUGCCAUCUUAGGUGCCGUGCCCCGCCGCCUUUGUGCCCGCCGCGCCCGGGCACCCGCGGGGGCCGGGCCCGCCGCCCCUCCGGGGGCGCCUCCCCCCGCGGGGGCCGCCGCCCCUUGCCCCGCUCCUCCUCCUCCUCCUCCUCCUCCUCCUCCUCCUCCUCCUCCGCGGGGGGCCGACCGGCGCUCCCAGCCCGGCUGCGGCGGAGGUAAUCCAUGCUGAAGAGGCUCCAUUCAUACAGAUGAACCAAGGGUUGAGGCAGCACUUUAAACCCAGAUAGUCGGUCGGCUAACUGCCCAGCAGGAUGCCAUCAACCAGCCGAGCGGGCAGCCUGAAGGACCCAGAAAUUGCAGAGCUCUUCUUCAAAGAAGAUCCAGAAAAGCUCUUCACAGAUCUCCGAGAGAUUGGCCAUGGAAGCUUUGGAGCAGUUUAUUUUGCACGUGAUGUGCGCACCAAUGAAGUGGUGGCCAUCAAGAAAAUGUCAUAUAGUGGGAAGCAGUCCAAUGAGAAAUGGCAGGAUAUUAUUAAGGAAGUCAAGUUCCUCCAAAGAAUAAAACACCCUAACAGUAUAGAAUACAAAGGCUGCUAUUUGCGGGAGCAUACAGCAUGGCUUGUUAUGGAAUAUUGUUUAGGAUCAGCGUCAGACUUACUAGAAGUUCAUAAAAAGCCAUUGCAAGAAGUGGAAAUAGCAGCAAUUACCCAUGGUGCUCUCCAGGGAUUAGCAUACUUGCAUUCUCACAAUAUGAUCCAUAGAGAUAUCAAGGCAGGAAACAUCCUGCUGACAGAGCCAGGACAGGUGAAACUUGCUGACUUUGGGUCUGCUUCCAUAGCAUCUCCUGCCAACUCAUUUGUGGGGACGCCAUAUUGGAUGGCCCCAGAAGUGAUUUUAGCCAUGGAUGAAGGGCAGUAUGAUGGCAAAGUAGAUGUUUGGUCUCUUGGAAUUACCUGUAUUGAGUUAGCGGAAAGGAAGCCUCCUUUGUUUAAUAUGAACGCAAUGAGUGCCUUAUAUCACAUAGCGCAGAAUGAAUCCCCUACACUACAGUCUAAUGAAUGGUCUGAUUAUUUUCGAAACUUCGUAGAUUCUUGCCUCCAGAAAAUUCCUCAAGACAGGCCUACAUCAGAGGAGCUUCUGAAGCACAUGUUUGUUCUUCGGGAGCGGCCCGAAACAGUGUUAAUAGACUUGAUUCAGAGAACAAAGGAUGCGGUGAGAGAACUGGACAACCUGCAGUAUCGUAAAAUGAAGAAGCUCCUCUUCCAGGAGGCGCACAAUGGCCCUGCAGUCGAAACACAGGAGGAGGAGGAGGAGCAAGAUCAUGGUGUCGGCAGGACAGGAACAGUGAAUAGUGUCGGAAGUAAUCAGUCCAUUCCUAGUAUGUCUAUCAGUGCCAGUAGCCAAAGUAGUAGUGUUAACAGUCUUCCAGAUGCCUCAGAUGAUAAGAGCGAGCUGGAUAUGAUGGAGGGGGACCACACCGUGAUGUCAAAUAGCUCUGUCAUUCAUUUAAAGCCGGAGGAAGAAAACUACAGAGAGGAAUCAGAUCCUCGAACAAGGGCAUCAGAACCCCAGUCUCCUCCCCAAGUAUCUCGCCAUAAGUCUCAUUAUCGGAACCGAGAGCACUUUGCUACUAUACGCACAGCAUCGCUGGUGACAAGGCAAAUGCAGGAACACGAACAAGACUCUGAACUGCGAGAACAGAUGUCUGGCUAUAAACGUAUGAGGCGGCAACACCAGAAGCAACUGAUGGCAUUAGAGAAUAAACUGAAGGCAGAGAUGGAUGAGCAUCGCCUCAGGUUGGACAAAGAUCUUGAAACACAGCGUAACAAUUUUGCUGCAGAAAUGGAAAAGCUAAUUAAAAAGCACCAAGCAGCCAUGGAAAAAGAGGCUAAAGUGAUGGCCAAUGAAGAAAAGAAGUUUCAACAGCAUAUUCAGGCCCAACAGAAAAAAGAAUUGAACAGUUUCCUGGAGUCCCAGAAGAGAGAAUAUAAACUCCGUAAAGAGCAACUGAAAGAGGAGCUGAAUGAAAACCAGAGCACUCCAAAGAAGGAGAAGCAGGAGUGGCUCUCCAAGCAGAAGGAGAACAUCCAGCAUUUCCAGGCAGAGGAAGAAGCCAACUUACUGAGGCGUCAAAGGCAGUACUUGGAGCUGGAGUGUCGCCGCUUUAAGAGACGGAUGCUCCUUGGCCGCCAUAAUCUGGAGCAGGACCUGGUUCGGGAGGAGUUAAACAAAAGGCAGACACAGAAGGACCUGGAGCAUGCCAUGCUGCUGCGUCAGCACGAGUCCAUGCAGGAGCUGGAGUUCCGCCAUCUGAGUACCAUCCAGAAGAUGCGCUGUGAGCUGAUCCGACUCCAGCACCAGACCGAGCUCACCAACCAGCUGGAAUACAACAAGCGCCGGGAGCGGGAGCUGAGGCGUAAGCACGUCAUGGAGGUCCGGCAGCAGCCCAAGAGCCUGAAGUCAAAAGAACUCCAGAUAAAGAAGCAGUUUCAGGAUACUUGCAAGAUCCAAACCAGACAGUACAAAGCACUGAGAAACCAUCUGCUGGAGACCACGCCAAAGAGUGAACAUAAAGCUGUCCUCAAACGGCUCAAGGAGGAGCAGACCCGGAAGCUGGCUAUCCUGGCUGAGCAGUAUGAUCACAGCAUUAAUGAAAUGCUCUCUACACAAGCUCUGCGUUUGGAUGAAGCACAGGAAGCAGAGUGCCAGGUUUUGAAGAUGCAGCUGCAGCAAGAAUUGGAGCUGCUGAAUGCAUAUCAGAGUAAAAUCAAGAUGCAGGCAGAAGCCCAGCAUGAUCGGGAGCUGCGUGAUCUUGAACAGAGGGUAUCCCUCCGCCGGGCCCUCCUUGAGCAGAAGACCCCAUCUUAGUGAGACAUCUGGCAGUUUGGGGGAUAAGUGGUUCUCGCAUGUGUCAAGUCCCACAUGUUCAUCCAGCUGCAGUAUUUACCCCCCGGGGCAGCCCAGCCAGCUCAGCAGCAUGCCAACACGGGCCCUCUUCUUUGUGCUACCGGAGAAUUCGGAGGUAAUUUUCUCCCUUGUCCCUUUUGGAAUGUCUCUUGCAAGUUUUGUAGGAGAGGCUUGGGUUUGGUUGGGACAUCCUUAGCCUUUCACAAGGAACAGCGUUGUCUUUCGCUGUGCUCCUGCCCGUGGGACUCUCCCACCCCGGCGCUGGCCGGCAGCGAGCCCGGAGCCACGUGCCCAGGCUGGAGGACUGGUGGAUGCCCAGACAGGGAUGCCAGUCGGUGUCCCUCUGCUGUGUUUCAGUUUGCACUUCUAUGAGUUGAUUGAGCUGGAGUCUGUUGAGAAAUACAUGUGAGGUGCUUUAGAGGGUUGUGGGUAGCUGUUUACAGCCAAAUAAAAAAAAAAAAAAAAAAGCUGAUAUAUCUAGUGGCUAUAGUAAACAUCACCCCACCAGGGAACGAUGGCAGCAGAUAACCCUGGUUGCUGUUGCACAAGGGGGUUCAGCCAGCUGGGGCCCUGAUGCUGCCUGCUGCGUCCCUGCCCUGCCCCCUUCCCCUGGGGAAGGAGAGACCUUUGUCAGCUAGAGAGGGACUUAGUAAAUCGGAUUUGCCAGCAAACAAGCACCUUAACCACUGAGCUGUGGGUCUCAAUACUUGCACUUCACCUGAAGGCUCCUCUGCGGGAGGAGGAAGGCAGUUUGGUACGUGACCGUUGGCUUUGCACCUACCUGGCAUCUUCAAAACAUCCCAAAGCCACGUCCUAGGGAAAAAAAAACCAACCACCAUCAGUUCCCUCUCUCCUUGCUUUCUCUGAGUGCACACACUGAGUCCAGGAAUGAGUAACCAGGAGGGCUGAGCAUUGCCCCCAUGGAUGUGAGCAAACCUGGGGGGGAUCUUCCCCUCCACCUCGCCCCUCCGGUCCCCUGCCCCGCUCCCCACCCUUGAGUACGGGUACCUCAGAACAUGCACAGUUUGUAUUUUCACUGACAAUUAGUUUAAUUAUUGUGAGUGAAAAGAAUUGUAAUUAUCUGUAAAUAUGUAGUUAACAAAUUGACCUAGUUUCUGUAUUUUUUAAGUUUUUGUACUAAAAUUUAUAGAUACAGUAUGUGCCAGCUAGCAAAAAGCUACUGCAACCGCCAGUCGUAGUUCAGCAUGCGUCUAAUCCCCGAGACUUGUCUGAGUGAUGCUGUAAGGAAUUGUGCUUAAAUAUUGCGAGCUGGGGAGGCAGAGCAGCAGCCGAGGGGGCAGGAGGGCUGGGGGGCAGCAGCCUCCGGCUUCCAGCCUUCAGCCGGGUUUUCUGUCUUGGCUGCGUGGAAUCUUCUUCCCUUCGGUGUCAUGUGCUGUACGGUGUGCAAGUGCGAGGGACGGAGCGGUGGCUUCGAGCUUUUAGCUGGAGCUGAACUCAAUGGGAACUGAGUUCGGGUUCUUUGCUGCAGUUUAAUACCGGCUUAUGACUCCAUUUUUCAACCUCUUUAGAAAUUAUCUGGUUUCCCCUUUCUGACUGCUUUUGUCAUAAACCCGAGAUCAUCUAAACCUACUGGAGGAAAAAAAAAAAAUAGGGAGGGGGGGCGGGGGGGGGGGGAAAUACUUCCAUUUAAGAUCGUUGCCUGCUUUUAGUGCCAGGAUCACGCAUUUCUAUGGCAACUCUGAGCUCAGCAGAGUUUAGGAAUCAGAGCAGGGUUGUUAAGGAGCUGAAGUACGUCGCCACUGCUUUUGCACAGCUCCAGCAGAGCCUGACCGCAGCCGCUGGCCGCCACCAAGGGCGCGUCUGUGGGUGCGGUGCGGGGGUCUGGGGGUCCCUGCCCCACUGUGGCUGGCUUGUGCCGCAAGACCUGCUGCUAUGAGAGGGGUGGGCUCCCCGGCGCUUCCGAGGAAUGAAGUCAGGCUCUGUGCUCCUUGUCUUGUGGCAGAGGCGAGUCUGCAAGUCGAGUAUAGCUUUGCUGAGUGUCCCGGGAAGCUGUGAGCAAAGGAGUUUGAGCGCCGGUGAGGCUGUGCUCUCCGGGUCUGGGUGUCCUGGAGGUCGUAGGGGACGGGAGCUUGUAAGGAUGCAAGGAUCAGAGGAGAGGCAUACGUGCGCGUACUGGUUUGGCUUCUGGCAAGCAAACCACCCGCUUCCUUUCUUCAGCUUUUCUUCCCUCCUAACCCCCCCGCAGCUCUUCCCCCUGCUUGCUUGGAACAGGAACGUUUUUUUUUACCUGCCUAGAAACAGCUAAAAGAUGGGGGGCAGCCCUGAUGUAAAUAAUUAACGUUACAAAGUGAAGUGUGUAUAACAUAAAAGGCUACAGCCCUUUGGUGACUUGUAAAUGCUUGAGGAAGGUUCUGGUAAGACACGGAGGGCCAAGCGACCUGCCUGGGGCUCUGCAGCCAUCGCUGCCCCACCGACACCGCGGGUCGGGAAGGGGGGGACCCCCCCCGCCUACCUUUGCUGCGGGACCCCCCCCCCCCCUUUAGUGGAUGGGAGGGUAGCGUAACGUGUGUAAUACGGAUAGGAGAAGCUGUGUGAGGUGUGUAUAGUGUAUAUUUUUUAAAAAUAGCUUGCUUGUAUUGUGGAGAUUUUAAAGACAAACUUGAGAAUUCUAGCCUAACUAUUAACACAAGUUUAACAUCAGUUACCCCACUGGGUUCAGAGCCUCUUGAAUGUAUAUUCCUUUUUGUAACCUAAAUGACCUAUUCUUCUACCAGUCAGCCAGACAUCCUAUUUAUAUUUUUAAUUUUAUAUAUUACUUUCCAUUCGUUUUCAUUAUUUCCAGCAUGUUUCUGGGUUUGGGUUUUGUUUUGUUUGGGGUUUUUGUUUUGUUUCUUUUUGCACAAGCAUUUUGUGAAGUCAAGGAAAUGUUAACUCAAAUCUGGUGUUUUCCAACCUGUUCCCCCUUCCCCUUCCUCUCCUCCACCCCUGGUUUGUCGUUGGGUUUUUUUUGUUGUUUUUACCUUCCACCAACAGUUUGGGAUUUUUCUGGGCUGGGAUGCAGCGGGUGGGAGGAGGGGACGGCUAUUUUCCAUUUGCAGCUUCUGUGCAAACGCCAGGUCUUUUUCCAGUCAACUGAAAACACUUCAGUUGCUGGUUGCUUUAAAAAGAAAAAAAACAAAAAUAAAAGAAAAAUGUAACCUUAUCAGUCUGACUAGGCCACGGCGGGAGGAGGGGAAGUGCACACCUGUAGCCACACAACUCUAGCUUUGGCUGCGAAACAAAAGCGAACCUUUCCCGGCGAGCGGGUAACCACGAGGCAGCUCCGAGCCCACCGAGGCUUCGCCGGGCGCAAGCUCCGUGUGCCAGGGCCGAGCCGUGCCGGGGAGCACCGUGCCCUGCCGCGCUCUGCCCUGCUUGGCGCCUGCCUGCUCACCUGCACAAAGCCCAGAGCUGCCUACUGCUGACAGCAAAGCUGUUGCUGCUUUUCCUCUCCUCCUCCUCCUCCUCUCCCCCUCCGUACGGAGGUCCGGCUCACCAACAAGAGCUCGCCCAGCGCCCGGCCGCAGCGCCGUGGCUCUCUGCUCUGGGGCAUCACCCAGGUCUAGCAAAGCCCGGCUGCUGCAGCGCCGGGGGAAGGCGCCCGGCCACGCCGGUUUGUGCCACAGAGCAUUAGUUAGAAAAAAACCCACACACAUAUCUGCUGUUUUACUAUGAACACUGGUCUGAGGUUUCCAGGCCCAGCACCACGGUGAUGGGCCACGAAGGAUUUAACUAGGGGAAUUAAACUCCUUUCUGCUUCCGUGUCUGGUAGCACCAGCUGGUAUGAGUGAAUCUACAGGUGUGCGUUUUCCUUCUUGUAGAAAAUGCCACGAGCACUAACUGGUAAGGCUUAAUGUACAGUAUAUUGUCAGUAUUCUGGUAUUCUUCUGGUUCAACAUACAUUAUAGCUCAUAUAUAACCUGUAUUAAUUGUAUAGAUUGUGCAUUUAAAGCUGUUACCAAGUUGUCAGAAAAUAAGAGAAGAGAAAAAAUAAGGUCAUAUGUAAUAUUUUGUUUGUAAGUAUCCUUUGUAUCAUAGCAAAGGAAAUGUUAAAAAAAAAAAAUCAACUGUAAUAAAGUAAUUUUAGUACA